AUGGCUGUAGGAAAUUCGCCUAAAAAUACUCUUUCUGAGGAUGAUAUCGACGGAACUUCCUUAAGAGUGAACACUCCUAGUCAACUGACUAUUCCUGCGUUAAAGAGAUGGCUUUCCUGCAGGAAAGGAUCGAAAUUGAGCGGAACGAAGCGAUCCUCGGUCGAAAGAGUUCAAAGUUAUAUAAAUAGUGCUCUCGAUAAGGACCUUAUUGAUCCAGACAAUGCUGUCAAAUUUCAAAGCCAUCACAUGUUUCUGGCAAAUCGUCCGACGCUGUGUUUACUUACAUCUGUUGAGGGAGAAAAAUCAAAUGGGGCAAAAGUUUAUGCUCAUCAGAUGGUGAGAACUGAUAGCAGAGAACAGACUCUGCAUGCAUUCCUGCCUCCUAAAGAUCGUCCUGUCAAAUCAAAUGAAUCUAACAGCAAAUCUCAGCUCUCCAGUGGUACUAUUAAACACAAAGCUGCUGCUAUGAACCAGAAUCCAUCUUCAACUAUUAUAAACCUUGAUGAGGAAAGCUCUACUUCCAAAUCAUUUGAUGAGGACUUCUCUGAGCAGCUUGCAGGUAUUCAUUCAGUUUCUGAGACAUUUUACAAAACUGCCAACCCUUUAGCCCCUAGGAGUAACAAGCAGUUGAUUUCUCCUCACAAUAUGACUCCCGAAAUCACACCUUUAUAG